UAAAGGUUACGCAACUUGUGAAACCAGAAACUCGCUAGCUGCUACUUACAGCUGUUCUGUUACAUGAGUAAAGUUAUUUCUCAAAUGGCUGCAGUGCGAAGAGCUGUCAAUUUGUGCUUGGUGAUCAGAUAUUCUGAUCGUGAUUAAAUAAGUGUUACAUUCUCUGAGUGUUGAACUGCUGAGAAGUCAAGAUUAAGAAAAAAUGACUGAUUUGAAGGAAGAAAGCGGAGAGAAGUUUCCGGAUUUAGAAUCCUUCAGAGCUGAAUGGAGACGGGAGCUUGGCGACAGAAGUGGAGAAUCUCCAGCCUCUGACAGGGAAUUCGACCCAAUUGCUGCCCCUCUUCCAGUGGCCGACGAAGAGAAUAAUGUUGAAGAAGAUAUACAUACAAAGGCUCGGGAAUAUUUCCUUGAAGGUGUCCGACUCGAGGAGCGGGGAAAACUGUAUGACGCGGUUAAAUUCUACAAGAAAGCUGUAGCACUAGUGCCUGACAUUGAAAAUGAGACCUUCUUAUAUACCGGUAGACAAGCAUGUGAUAAUAAGAACAGAAAUGUUGAGGCUACUGGACAGAAUAUGGAGGGUGUAGAGGAUAAUCAUGAAGCUGAACAUGGAAACCUUGUUGAUGAAUUCUCUAGAAUCAAUCUUGAUAAUCAUUCUCUCAUACAGACGGAGUCAUCACAGGUUGGGCGUCAAAAGAAUUUAUGCUCUACACUUUCAAACAAUUUGGAAUAUAUACAGUGUGACCCAUAA